AGAGCCUGCUAGUAAAGCAGCAACACGCUCGGUAACGUUGUCAUAACUGAUGCAAACAAAACAACCUUUUAUUCUGAAAGACCUGUGCCGGAAGUGUUGGCGCCGCACCGAAUACCAACGUGACAUCCCAAAACAGUAACCAGCGCGGACCCGAAGCAAUGAUGUCAGAUUCUUCGCUCCUCAACUCUGAGCUGGAGUUACAGCAGCAAGAGGAGCUCUACCAGCAGCUGCUGUUACAGACAAUGGGAAAGGUGCCGACUGAAAAUCCAGACUCCAAAGUAAUUCGACCACAACCUGGCAUGUGUGUGAAGACUCUGUCAGAUCCUGGCAAGCAGAAGGUUUUUAUCAACAUCUGUCAGUCGAACUCAGUCCCACCACCACCAGAACUCUCCAGAGAGGAGCUAGUGGAGCUGCUCCAAUCAGAGGAUCCCAGCGGUUUCAGAGUUCCCAUGAGCCUUGGCGAGCCACACACAGAAACAGAUAACAACUCUCAGGGUUGCACAGCGUAUGAUGUGGUCAUUAACCAGGAGUUCUUCCAAAAGUGCCAGAAGGAUCCCUUAUUCCAGCAGUUUGUUAUUCUGGUGUCUGUAGAGGGUUUAGAGAACAAAUACAGUCUGGAGCUAAGUAGAGACUGGAAAGUGCUGAAGAACCGAAAGUUCUUGGGUUCUGUCAGUGAGCAGAACAUCCGGACAAAGAGCAGGCCGGUGAUACAAGAGCUGCAGCCUCAAGAGAGCUCCAGUGCUACAGCCAAAAGACCAGAGUUCACUUUGCUUGUGGAGCCACCUGUUGGAGACCCUGAAUACCUUAUAGCAGAAAUAAAACUACCUGGGCUGACGUCUUCUCGCUCUCUGGUUCUCGAUGUUGGUGAGGACCGACUAGUGUUGACGGCUCGGCCCUCCCUCUUCCAUCUCGACAUCUUCCAUCCCUUCCUUGUUGACCAGGAGAACAGUGUGGCACAGUACAACAACAACAGUCAGAUCCUUACAGUCACCAUGCCUGUGGUGUCUUCAUGAGACUAGUCUUCAUAACUGUCCAGUUAUUUAUUAAAACAAUGCUGUGAUAAUAAAAGUGUCUUUUUUUUUGUUUUUUUUUUUAAAUCAAAUGUAUUUGUGUUCUUCACUGUCAUGUUUUUUUGAGUGGUGCAAAUCUGCUCUCAGAUUACUGUACUAAUUUCCCCUGAAUCCCUCAUCCUUUUUCUCUUUUGUUCUGCUUUUGAAAUAGGUAUUGUUUGCAUUGUCAGGUAGCAUUAGAAGUUGUCUGUGAACAUCUGUAAGCAUCAAUCACUGCAAUAGAUUGUUCUGGGAAUGAACAUAUCCAAAUAUGUAAUUCAAGGUUAAAAAAUUGAACACAGACAAUGAAAUAAACCCCCCAAUUUUAGUAAAGUUAUAUUAUCAUUGACAUAAAUGAUUUAUCACCACCUUUUGUCAAAGUAAAAGUAAAACAUUCUGAUAAUGAUGGCCAAGUAACAAUCCCUUGCCAAGUGUGUUAUUUCUUACAGCGUACCGUACACUCCCAGAGUGACAGUUGGAGGUUUCCCCUCAUCUGCCUUUGGCCAGUUGGCGACUGAGCAGCUCGACAGAAGCCCUGCUCAAUCUCAAGAAUGUGUCUCUUCCAUGAACUGCACCCACAUUUUUCACCAGCUCCAGACCUCAGCAGCCAGAAUCAGCAGACAAACAGUUACCCACAGGCUCCAAGUAUUUCAGUUACAUCUUAUGUCACCAAGCUGCCUUAAUAAAUGAAAAUCAUAUUCACCA